ACUGCCGAUCAGCAAUAAAAGACGGAACAGUACACCAAACCUGCCUUCUUCCCCUCCAUCUUCCGCGCGCCCUAUAGGCACAUAGCUAACCACCCUCGUCCACCACUCGUUUCCCACUCACCUUCGUUCACCCUCGCCAUGCAACUCACCCUCCUCGCCACCGCUCUGUCCAUCGCCUCGGCCGCGCUCGCGGUCCCCUCGCCUCGCGGCACGUGCGACAACGGCUCGGCGUGCUACUCCGCCACGCACGGCUUCGAGUACAAUGACAAGGAGCAGUACCAGCGCAACCUCAUGGACGCGUGCACCGCGGACGAGUCCGUCACCGAGUGCGGCGACCUCUGGGGCAGCGCCGCCUGCGUUGCGGCCGCGAUCAGCUUCAGCAAGAUCUGGCCGGGCACCGUGCAAGGCCUCGCUGCGUGCAAGAACAACGAGAUCGCCUGCCAGGCUGACCAGUUGGACUUGGAUGAGAGUAUCUUCUCGGACAUCGUCGGCGGCGACGGUUCUGGUGCCAUGACACAGCAGAACUACAUCGACUUCAUUUACGGCACGCUCAGCGCCAUUGGGUCGACCGACUAUCCCAGCAGCCCUGAUAACCUGGUGGCGAAUGGCUGGCAGCCGCUUGUUGACUGGACGGCGACGGGAGACUCGAUCCCGUACUCCAACUUCAACGACUUCCUGCACUACGCGUAGAAGCCGGGACUAGCCUCGAUUCCAUUGGACUAUCCACGCACCGCGCUCCCUACUCAAGAUUCACCUACGGGAACAGACUUUAAUUACUUGGAUACCUUUUCUUGGCGUAGAUAUCGAUGUCGCAGAGCGUUUGUGGUUCUUGAGCCGAGACUGAGUUUGCAGUGGGCGCCUGGAGGUACGAGAUGCCCGUGGCUGCCCACUUCGGGUGCCCAGGCUGGACAUCUGGCACGAGGGCGACGUGCAUUGAGCUC